UAUAUCUUUGCUGAAACCUACUGAAGACAAACCAUCUGAUCGAGAAGUUAUGUACUCAAGAUGUGAUUUCUUGAUUAGUCAAAACAAACUAUUUACAGAAUAUUCAAGUCGAGCACAACCUUCAACUUUCAAAUUAGAAGACUCCCCGAAAUAAUUGAGGGUACUUGUUCCUAAAAGGGUAUACAGCAGAAGAAAAGGUAUUUCAUCGGUAACAGAGACAUUUGGUUCAAAAAAGAAGCAGCAAUGUGAAGAUACCCCAGAAGAAUCUCAACCAUUAAUGGAUGAGGAUCCUCUGCAGGGACAACCUGCCGCUGACUCUGUAACUGAUCCUGUACCUCAGGAGAAUGCGGAAUGGGAAGAUGUGCAAGAAGAAUCUGAACCAAGGAUGGAAAUGAGUCUUGGGACAGAAGUUAAGAAUCUGAGUGGGUCGUUUUCGAGGACACCUUCAAGGAAAGCUAAUACAAAAAAGAUGAGCGCUGGAGAACUGUUUCUGUUACAGCAGCUGAGGACUAUGAAGAAGAAAGUUCUCAGGCUAACGAACAGAAACACAGCCUUGAAGGGGACAAUGAAGGCCUUGAGGAAUUCAAAUGUCGUGGAAAAACUCAACAAUGUGAACAGAACAACAUUAAACUUUUCUUAUCACAACAAGCGAACCAAAAAUUGGAAAGGGGGGUCGUCGGUUUUCUCUUGACGACAAAAUUUUUGUCCUUUCCUUAUAUAAACAAGGUGGGAGAGGAUAUAGAUAUCUAUCUAGGAUAUUCAGUUUACCUUCAAAACGCACGCUGACGAAUUUACUUAGUAACAUUCCGUUUGAGUGUGGCAUCAAUUCCCAAAUAUUUGAAAGUUUGGGAAAUGCGAUUGGUGAGCUGAAAAGAUCAGAGAGAUAUUGUAUCCUCAUGUUUGAUGAAGUUGCUCUAAGUCCUGGGCUGUCAUAUAAUUUUUCCGGCGAUUAUAUUGAAGGAAUCGUGGACUUGGGCAGUGGUGAACGCAGAGGAGAAAAAUAUUAAUGUUUGGAAAUAAUAGAGGCAUAUAGGGAUAUUCCCGCAAAUGCUCUAAUUAAAGCAAAAACUCGUAGUAAUUGCAGAAUGCUUAAUCCAUCCAGGACAUGUAUUACUAUUUUUCAUGAGUUUUCUCAACAAGUAUUCAAUGCUAUUCCAACUAGAAUAAAUACAUUCCAUAUCAAAAAAACCAUCAUUAACGAGUUGCGAAAGGAAAACAUUGUAAUGUUGUUUUGUUCUCAACAUAAGGGGAUCCACAAAGAAUUCAUUGAAUUUAGCGUUAAAUUCAUUUUGCUUUUCUACAUUGGAACAGCAAAUAACAUUAUUCGUGGUAAAAUAAUUAACAAUAUUUUUCUGAUCCCAUCAUGAAGAUGGCAUCAACUAUUCACUUUCAUCACGAAUAAUGUUAAAUAUUUUAUAUGAACGAUUGGAAAGAAAUGUUAUAAAUUGAAAUAGAAGUCAUAACUUCAAUUGUGAGAAGUUUAUAUGCAAUUAAAAUCACAGUAAAGUCAAUCACUGGUGAAACUUUUAUAUUUACCCAGUCUCUAUGGGUACUAAAAUGGCUUCCCAGGUAGCAAAAUACGACGAAAAUUAUGUCGAAUUGAGAUGAAGAUGAAGAACAAUCCAUCUCUUUGGGUGUUUUUGUUUACACUAUCAUAACCUAAUUGUCAAUGCAGGUUUAAACUUGAAGAUAAUUUCGAAGUUCAGAUUUGAAAUUCAGCCAGAUAUUACAAUUUUUUCAAGGUAUUCCCCUUGAGCUUGUUUUACUGAAAAAUACUGAUGGAGAAUUGCAGCAUCUCUAAUAAAGGAGAUAUUCUUCAAUAAUGAAAUAAUUCGCUCAUACGUUUUACUUCUACUCACCAAAAGCGUAUAAUUUUCUCAAACAGUAUUUUGUUCUACCUACUGGUAGAACUAUAAAAAAAUGGUUACAAAGUUUGAACUGUGAACCAGGCCUCCUAACCCAGGUUUUUGAAUAUCAGAGGCUCUAUUUUUUCUUCUUGUUAGUUUCAGUGAAAAUUUCAAGUGCCCCGUAGCAUAUUUUCAUAUAAGUAAAUCGGAUUCCAAUAUUCAAACACAACUCAUAACUACAAUUGUAUGAAGUUGGAAUAGCAGUUAAGUUAAUGACUGGUGACGGGGCACAGACAAAUAUUGCCACCUUCAAAAAUUUAAUAUGUGAUCUAAGUACCACAAAUAUGAAAUCCUAUUUUUCGUAUCCUUGUGACCGGACUGUGAAGAUUUUCUGCUAACUGGAUCCAUGUGAUAUGGAAAAACUGCCGAGAAAUACGUUCGCAGAAACAAAUUUGCAGACCGCCACAGGAUUUUUGGCAAAUUGUCAAGGAAUUACAGAACACACAAAGAGAAGGAAGUCUAAGGUAGGCUAAUUCCCUGUCGUCUCAGCACAUUAAUUAUAAAAAUAGAAUUAUGAAUGUCAGAUUAGCUACUCAAAUUAUACGUGAUAGAGUAGGGGGAUAGGGUUUUACUUCUUUUAACAAUUUCGCGCAAUAUAAACGCAGCUUUACAACUCAAAUCCAGCAACACUGAAUUCAGAACAACGCGAUGUACAUAUAGGCGGUACAAUUCACAACAAUAAACGAAAGACUCUUCUUCGUUCAGGGUAAUGGAUAUUGUGGUAAAACAUAUCUGUACAAUGUUAUAAUAGAUUGCUGUAACGAAAUGAUGGAAAUAUCGAUUUCCUCUCUUACAGCGAAUUAAGAGGAUGGUUCCAGAAGUAACCG